AUGAACAUUUGUAUUGAUUUCCAUAAAAAAAAAAAAAAAAUACUUAUUUAUCCAAUACACAUAUUCAACUAUGUAUAUAAUUAUAACAGGCUGUUUUGUUGUCACUUUGUUAACUUAUCGUUAUAUAAAAAAGGGAACCAUUUGAAAAAUGAAAAUGAUAAUUUAAAAACAUAUAAAAAUUAUAAAACCCAUUUAAAAUGCCUAAAUUAUUAUUUCCUUGCUCAUACGAAGAACACAUUUUACAAUAUAGCAAAAAAAUUUACAACUUUUAUUAAUAUUAAUGAAAGACAAAAUCAUAUAAUAAAUAGUAAAAAAUUAUAUAUACCAUCAAAUGAUAAGGAUAAAAAGGACAUCUUAACUAAUAAUGUCAUCAAUAAUAACAAUAUAUAUAAUAACAAUUCAAAUAAAAUACAUGGUUUAUUAAACAAACAAAUAGCACAAAUUAAAAAUUCAACUUAUAUACAUCCAAGAAGCUACAACUUUGAUCCAUGUACAAAAACAAAAAAAAUUCAAAUUUAUUAUAAUUGUGAAAUGAAUGAUAUAAUUAGAAAAAUUAAUUAUAUUAAAAAGUUUUUAUCAACUGGAUCACCUGUAGAUAUUUUUCUAAUAUACAAUACACAUGAUCAUAUAAAAACUAGAAACAUUAAAAUGAAAAAACAAAAAAAUAAAAAUAAAAAUAAUAUAUCUAAUAUUGAAGACGAACAACAAGAAGAUCAACAUAACCAUUAUGAUAAACAAACAUUUAAAAAUUACGAAUCCAAUAAAAUAACCAAAUUUUUAAAUACACAAAAAUUAAAUGAAACAAAAUAUUCCUUACAUUUAUAUAUCAAAAUUAAUUUUAUAUUAAAUCACAUUAGAAAUAUAUCAAUAGUUGAUGAAAUCUUUAGACACAUUCAAAAUAACAAUCAUAUUAUUUUAAUAAAAGCAUAUCCAAAAUGA